GUUAACAUGAUAUUUUUAACUUUGAUCUGCAUGUCGUUUGGUUUGCAUCUGGGUUUUGGAUGUCAUCCCAUUUGUCAGUGUGCGGGGAAGAUUUUCUUGUGCCAGGAGAACAAAGUGGUCCAGAUUCCACAGGACAUCCCAAGGAACUCUACAGAAUUAAUAUUUAUGCUUACAAAAGUCACAGUUAUACCAAGAGGAGCUUUCUCUGGAUUUGAACACCUUGAGAAAAUAGAAAUUUCUCAAAAUGAUGUUUUGAAAUCGAUAGAAGGCAAUGUGUUCGCCAACACGCCUCAAUUACAAGAAAUAAGAAUUGAAAAAGCAAACAAUCUUGUAAGCAUUGAUCGAGAGGCUUUCCAGAACCUUCCAAAUCUCAAGUAUUUGUUAAUUUCCAACACUGGAAUUCAUUUUAUGCCUACUGUGUCCAAAAUACAAUCUUUCCAGAUUGUGGUAUUGGAAAUUCAAGACAACAUUAACUUAAAGACGAUUGAAAAGAAUUCAUUUGUUGGACUCAGUUUAGAAAAUAUUGCAGUACGGCUAAACCAAAAUGGAAUUGAAGAAAUCCAAAACCAUGCAUUGAAUGGAACCCAUUUAAAUGAAUUAAUCCUAAGUGGGAACCAGCAACUGACAAAAUUACCGGAUCAUGUUUUCUCUGGAGCUGAUGGGCCAGCUGUACUGGAUAUUUCAAAAACAAGAAUCAGUUCUCUGCCAGCUUUUGGCUUGGAUAAUAUAAAGAGGCUCAUAGCAAAGUCAGCAUAUUACUUAAAAAAACUCCCACCACUGGAAAAGUUUUCAGAGCUGAUUGAAGCAAAUUUAACGUACCCGAGCCAUUGCUGUGCUUUUGCAAACUGGAAGAGAGAAAUCUCAAUUUUGCAUCCAAUAUGUAACAGAACUUUUGAUUAUAUGGAUGGGAAUUCAGAUCCUUCGGACAAAAGAUCUACUCAGGAUGAAUACAUGUUCUCUGGUGGAACAAGCUUUGACCAGAUGGAGAAAGAAGAAGAAAUGUUCUUUGAUUAUUUCUUAUGUAAUGAAAUUCGUGAUGUCUCGUGCUUUCCUAAACCUGACGCAUUUAAUCCAUGUGAAGACAUCAUGGGAUACAAUACUCUCAGGGUGUUGAUAUGGUGUAUUAAUAUUUUGGCUAUUACUGGAAAUGCUGUUGUACUGAUAAUAUUAGUUAGUAGCCAGUAUAAAUUUACUGUCCCUAGAUUUUUGAUGUGCAAUCUAGCUUUUGCAGACCUGUGCAUGGGUAUUUAUCUGUUGCUUAUUGCAUCUGUAGAUAUUCAAACCAAAAGUCAGUAUUAUAACUAUGCGAUUGACUGGCAGACUGGAGCAGGUUGUGGUGCUGCUGGGUUUUUCACUGUAUUUGCGAGUGAGCUUUCAGUCUACACCCUAACCGUAAUAACCUUGGAAAGAUGGCAUACAAUCACAUAUGCAAUGCAGUUAGAACGCAAAGUCAGAUUUCGACAUGCUUUAAUUGUAAUGAUUUCGGGUUGGAUAUUUGCAUUCACCGUCGCUCUCCUCCCCAUCAUUGGGGUCAGUAGCUACCUAAAGGUCAGUAUAUGUUUACCUAUGGACAUUGAAACUCCACUUUCUCAAGCAUACAUCAUGUUCCUUCUAGUAAUUAAUGUCAUGGCUUUUGUUGUUAUCUGUACCUGCUAUAUUGGCAUAUACAUCACCGUAAGAAAUCCAAAUGUUGUCUCAUCCAACAGUGACACCAAAAUUGCCAAACGCAUGGCGAUAUUGAUUUUUACUGACUUUUUAUGCAUGGCGCCAAUAUCAUUCUUUGCCAUCUCAGCUUCGCUAAAGGUUCCUCUGAUCACCGUUUCAAACUCAAAGAUCCUUCUGGUUCUUUUCUAUCCAAUUAAUUCAUGUGCCAAUCCUUUCCUCUAUGCCAUUUUUACGAAGACAUUUCGUAGAGAUUUUUAUAUUUUAAUGAGCAAAUUUGGUUGCUGUCAAAAACAGGCACAAAUUUUUAAAACCGAAACCUCUUCAUCCGCUCACACAAUUCAUGGGAGAAAUGGGCAUUAUGUUCCUGGACCAAAAAGUAGCACCGGGUCCGUGUAUACAUUGGUGCCAUUGAAUCACUAAAAUACCAGUUUCAAUAUGAAAACGUAUCUCAGGAGACAUGAAAUUUUAUUUUCAUGAUUUAGUUAAUAUAAAUAUCAUGAAUUGAAUUAAUUUACCAGCAAUGUGACAAA